AUGGUUACUGGGCAGCUGACUCGCUCGGAAGCUGAAGCAGCACUCAAACGUCUCCAAGGGCUGCGCGAUGACUGGGCUAAACAGAGGACUCGUUGGUCCGAACAUCAUCAGAAGGCCGCCGAUAUCAAGGCUCUCCAGCGCAAUCCUAGCGCCCCUUUGGUCUAUACCGUCGAGGCUUGUUGUAAUCAAAUGGGGGUGGCUACGAUCCGUUUUAAUGAAUUGGAGCGACUCAUUCAGGACUUUAGAUCGUGCGCGCUCUACCUAGUCCAUCUACCCGUACCAGAAGGACCAGAUGCAUCCUUUCGCUCAGCCUUGCCGGAUCUCUGGAGCAUACCGCAUGCAGCACCUGGGACGACCGCGGUAGCCUUACCUGGACAGGUUGCAGGCUUCUCGGGCGAAAUGGUACCGGUGACCAGUGUCCAAGGUCUCAGCGAUCAGAUCAUCAUGAACAAUCCCUCUUAUCAGAACGGUGGAUCGGGGGGGUUCUACAACAACAACAACCAGAUGGUCGGCAAUCUCCCCCAGAUGCAGUACCCUCAACAGCAAAACCAACAACAGAUGCAACUCACCGGUUUCCAGCCCAGCGGCGGAUUCCAAGCCCAACAGCAUACCGGCUUUCAACCCCAGCCAAAUUUCCAGAUGCAAAUUAACAACCAGAUGGGAUUCCAGCAUCAACGCCAGCUCUCUCCGUUCGGAAGCCAACCACAGCCACUGACGCCUCAGCAUACUCAGAUGCUAUACAACCAACAGACCAAUCUUCACCAGCAAUCUGCCGACCAGGCCCGGGUCAAUGCCUUCUCCGCUAACGUCUUCCAACAACAGGCCGGCUUCUCCGCUCAGACUAAUCCUAACCAAAACCAGAACUUCUCGUCUUCCCCCCUCAAUCCAUUCAAUCCCAACGCUCCCCAUGGCGCUGUCGUAGAUGCCAGUCAGCGAUACCCUGCUGUCCAAUAA